AUGUCGACAACUACUCAGACUGCCGCUUCUGCGGCCAACCUUCCCUACACUUGCAAUACCUGUCUCGUUGCUUUCCACCGCAGCGAUGCGCAGAGAGAUCAUAUGCGGAAGGACUGGCAUCUGUACAAUAUGAAGCGCCGCAUCGCUGCUUUGCCGCCCGUGUCCCUCGAAACUUUCAACGAGAAAGUCCUUGCUGCCAAGGCCACCUCGAGCGAGGCCGCUGCUAAGGCCUCUUUUGAGAAGACCUGCCACGCCUGCCAGAAGACCUUCUUCAGUGAGAAUUCCUACCAGAACCACAUCAAGAGCUCCAAGCACAAGCAGCGCGAGGCUCGGUUGAGCAAGGAAGGUGACAAUGCGUCGGUGAUGAGUUCAACAUUCUCCCUCGGUGAGCCAGUCCACAAGUCGCACGACGAGGUCGCCAAUGUCACCGAUGGUCUCAAAUCCGCUACUAUCAAAGAGGAGGAAGAUGGUGAUGAGGAUAUGCACAAGGAAGAGUUCUCGGCGUCUCGCUGCCUUUUCUGCCGGAACGAUUCAGCUGAAGUUCACGCCAAUGUCGAGCACAUGAAGAAGAAACACGGAAUGUUUAUUCCCGAAUGGGAGUUCUUGGCCGAUCUAGAUGGCCUCGUUCACUACCUCUACCGCAAGAUCAACGAAAACUUUGAAUGUCUUUACUGCCACGCCAUCCGCAAUAAUGCCGCCGGAUGCCGCGCUCACAUGAACGACAAGGGUCACUGCAUGAUUGCUUUCGAGACUGAAGAGGAGCAGGUUGAGAUCGGGCAGUACUACGACUUCCGGAGCACUUACUCCGACAACGAGGACGAGGAGAUGGUGGAGUCUCCUGGCGAGAAAGGUGGAGUCAAGGUCCGAGGCUCUGAUGGUGACGACGAAGGAUGGGAGACCGACGCCUCUUCUGUUGAUGAUGAGGAAGAACUCGACUCGAACCGGAAGCAACCCCUUGUCUACCAAGAUGAAUACGAACUGCACCUUCCUUCUGGUAAGAGUGUCGGCCACCGCUCGCUUGCCAAGUACUAUCGCCAGAACCUGCACAACUACCCCUCCGCCGACGAGCGUGCUGCUCGUCAGCUUGCCAUUGAGAAUGGAGAGGUGGAAGAAGAUGAGGAGAAGCCUCGUGGUCGCAACGGCAACCGUGCUGUUGUCUCUCGUGCCAACGGUGGCAUGGGCAUGAUUGGCGCCACCGAAGAACAGAAGCAGACUGCUCUUACUUCUGAACGCCGCGAGAGAACUCGCGCUCUACGACAAGAGAACCGCUACACGGCCCGUGUCCAAAGAACCAACAACUCCCAGAAGCAUUUCCGCGAUCCUCUUCUGCAAUGA